AUGUUUGGUGGAAAUUCAAGUGCUUUUGGGACCUCUGGGUUUGGAAACAAAUCAUCUAGUGGAAAUGCAUUUGCCAACCAAUCUAAUCCAUUCGCAACAAGCUCAACAAACUCUGGGUUUGGUGGGUUUGGAGCCUUCAAGAAUACAGGAGCCAAUAGUAAUGCAUCAUCUCAACAAUCUGGAAUUGGAGGGUUUGGAGCCAAGAGUGAUGCACCAUCUCAACUGAGUGCGUUUGGUAGUACAGGACUUGGCAACACAACCAAUACAACAACUGGAUUUGGAAGUUCGGGUUUUGGAAGUACAGGAUUUGCCAAAUCAACACCUCCAUCUAAUAGUGGUUUUGGUUCUAGCGGGUUUGGAGCCAAGAGUAACCCAACAGCUUCAGCAUUUGGACAGUCUGGAUUUGGAUCAUCAGGAUUUCUGCAGACAAAUACCAGCAACAGCAGCAGUCUGCCAUUUGGACAAAUGGGAAACACAAAUAAACCAUCACCGUUUGGAACAACAGCCUCACAACCUUCUGCCUUUGGAUCUACAGCAACUCAGCCAUCUAAUAACAAACCUUCACCAUUCGGUCAAACUAACACAUCAAAUUCACCUUUUGGUUCAAAUACAGCUGCAACCACCGCGCCAACCAACACUUCCUCUCCAUUUGGAUCAUCUAACAAUAAUACUUCAAACCCUUUUGGUGGCCAAUCUUCAACAAGCUCGCCAUUUGGGCAAACACAAACAUCUUCUUCUACAUUUGGUGCCAGCAAUCAAACCCAAUCUGCAUUUGGAACGGCAUCAACUCAAAAUACAAAUCUGGGAUUUGGGUCAAACAAUUCAGCAUCGACUAUCGCGAACACCAAUCAGAAUUCGUCAACUACCAACAAUGCCAACCCAUUUGGAUCAACAUCUGAGGCUACACCUACCUUCUCGUUCAUAUCAACUCAACCUAAAUCCCAGCCACAAACUCAAACUACCAGGAGUAUAGAUGUUGACAUUCAAGAGAACACACAAAAUGACUCCUUGCCUGCUCUGAUACUAGAGGCAUUCAACGCCAGCAUGUUUACAUUGGGGAAGAUACCGGAUGUACCACCACCACCAGAAUUAUGUAGAUAA